CGGACAUCGCACGGGGAGGGUGAAGGGAACGAAAGCCACCGGCCUGGCCCGGGCUACCCGAGCUGCCGGAGGUGCUGGGAGCCGGUCCCCGCUGUCCUCUUCGCCUUGCCGGAGAUGCUUGAGGCCUCUGAUCUGCUGACAUCUGUGCCAGGCUGCCACUGAGGACCUGUACCUGAUAGAACCUGAGGGCUGUAUGGAAUAUACAGAAUACAAAAUUCCGGAGCACAGCUGUCAAGCUCACACCCCAUGGUGUCCCUAUUUCCUCUGCCUAUGGAUGCUCCUGCUUCCAAGGACACAUCUCAACACCAGGCAUUUUUCUGGAAAUAAAAAUCACAAAGUAAUCCAACACAUUUUCAUCCAGAAGUGUAAACCAAGAGUGACUUUCCAAGGCCUGGACAUUGGCCCUGAUUUUCAUUCUGUGGGCCUAUGAAAAAGAUGGCAAAAAACACAACAGAUAACUCAACUAACCCUCACUCAGCUCUUCUAGGCCUGUUCCUGGGAAGCAUUUCACUGAUCACUAUUGUCAUGAAUAUAUUAGUACUAUGUGCUGUGAAAACUGAGAAGAAGCUGCAGACAGUUGGCAAUUUAUACAUUGUCAGCCUAUCUAUCGCAGAUCUUAUAGUUGGUGCAGCUGUCAUGCCCCUGAAUAUUGUCUAUCUUCUAAGUCCAGUGUGGCCUCUGGGCUUACCAGCCUGUUUAUUCUGGCUGUCCAUGGAUUAUGUGGCCAGCACUGCCUCCAUUUUCAACCUCUUCAUAUUGUGCAUAGACCGCUACCGGUCAGUUCAGCAACCACUGAAAUAUCUCAAGUACCGAACAAAAAUGAGAGCAUCGCUCAUGAUUUUGGGGAUCUGGUUGCUCUCUUUCAUGUGGGUCAUUCCAAUCCUAGGAUGGCACGUUUUUGCUAACAAUGGGGAAAGGAAAGUAAAGAAAAACAAGUGUGAGACGGAAUUCUCUGAGGUCACCUGGUUCAAAGUGCUGACGGCCAUUGUCAACUUCUACCUACCCUCGAUCUUGAUGUUGUGGUUCUAUUAUAAAAUAUUCAGAGCUGUUCGAAAACACUGCCAACACCGAGAGCUCAUCAAUGGAUCAGAUGGGUCUUCCUCAGACAAAAACUUCAUACAGCGUAGCAAGAUGAAGGACGAGGAAAAUGUUUGCCUCCAAAAGCAGAUCUUAGAUGAGAACACCCCGCCCAAAGACAAGCAAAGCUCCCCACAGCCUGAAAAUGCGGAGGCAGAACUUCAUUUCAGUAAUCCUGACAAGUCUUCAAAGGCAUUUGAUGGCAAGAGUAAUGGGAAAGUCUUUAAAUGGAGGUGUUUUCCUCUCAGCACUGCCCAGUCUGAGCGAGGCCUGGAUAAAGCAGGAAAGAACUACAUGUGUGCAAUGAAAGAGAGUGCAAACGAGAAGGAGCCCUGCUCACAAGACAGUGACUCAAGUGUUGCAUCAGACGACCAGACUUACCCUGAGGUGGUACCAUGUGGAGAGAACUCCAACCCUAACUUGGAAAGAGCCUGCGGUGCUCAGGAAAAGACUGAGAACAGGGAUUUCAGAGGACUGACUUACCUGAGGAAAACCUGGCAAAGUCUCCAUACCCAUUCCAAAGGGAACAUUCAGGGACUGCAUGGGAACAGGGAGAGGAAAGCAGCAAAGCAGUUAGGGGUCAUAAUGGCAGCCUUCAUGCUGUGCUGGAUUCCCUAUUUUGUGUCAUUUAUGGUAAUAGCAUUUCAUGACCAUGAACAGUUUUCAAAAUUACACAUGGUCACUGUAUGGCUCGGCUAUGUGAACUCCACCUUAAAUCCCUUCCUGUAUCCUCUUUGUAACCAGAAUUUCAAGAAGACAUUCAAACAGAUCCUUCACAUUCACUGAUAUUGCUCUGAAUUUUUGAGCUCAAAAGCAGCUCAAGAGGUCAAACAAACAUAAUCUUCCAGUCUCAAAGAAAAACACCAAAAAAGUUGUAAUUUAUAAGCAAAUGUUAGUAAAAGUGGGAAAUAUGCAUUUAACAGUUUUACUCAUUUUGGAAGAGAGCUAUUUCAGAUCAGGAAUCUGAAAAAUUCAUGGUCAACCUCCAAACUGUUGGACUGUUGUAAAUCAUUUACAAUUUGAGAUGGCCUCUUUCAUGAUGCAGAACAAAACUGGAGGUAUAAAUAGAGAUCUUCAGUGAUUAUAAAUUAUUCAGCUACAGAAAAGGAAGAAAUAGAAUAAUACUUCUGUGAUUGGCCAAAUAUAUUUUUCUCUUUCAACUUACUCCAUUAAACACAGGAACAUAUUGCUUGCAAAGUGGGAUUUGCAAGUGGAGGUACUCUGCAUAGUCAAAGAAAGAACUUUCAACUGUUUAAGAAAGUCUACCGUAUUUAUUUAAAGCUUCCCCAAAAAUCAUAAACUUUUUAAGAAAUGUCAAGUCAUAUUGUACCCUACUGUAUCUCUUUGAUAUCAUGUUUGCUCCAUUUAUACCUGUACACUGACUUUGUUGAAAAAAUUAGCAUUUUUAUGUCCUAGAAAUUUUGCUAGGACUUUUCAUGCUGUCACUAUCUGUUCAAGAACAGUGUGCUGCUGUUUCCAGGCUUGCAGUUGAUUAUACAUGAAGUAUGUUUACCUUUUCUUUCCUUUAUAUUUAAUUGCAUUUUAUAAAUCUUGUAAAUGCUGUAACAUAUUUCAGGAGAAACUCACAAUAAUAGAAUACUCUGUGUUUGAAGAGAUCUCAAAAAAAAAAAAACUAAGUACAAGCUACAGCUGAAAUCUGGGCUGGCUUUUACAUUACAUGAUGUUGCUCAGGGCCUUUGUCCACAACUUCAAAUCACAGAAUAAUAGAAUCAGCCGGGUUGGAAAAGACUUCUGAGAUCAUCAAGAACAACCCUUGAAUGACAAACAUCUGUAAAACCAGCUUCAUGUGGAAAAGCUGGGAGGCAGCCUUGACAGAUGAGGUUCAUUCCACCAACUCUGAGCACUCACUUUCUCAGCCACUGAUUUAACUAAGUAUUGACUAAUUCUCAGAACCAGACAUGCCCUGUUACACAGCAGAAAUCAAUUCCCUCUUCCUAAGUGCAGUCAAGUAUAGAUUAGUUCCCAAAGGAAGAACACACAGUCCCUCAGCAUAGAAUGGUUUGGGUUGAAAAGGACCUUAAAGACCAUCUCGUUUCAACCCCCUGCCAUGGGCAGGGACACCUUCCACUAGCCCAGGUUGCU